AUGCCACGAGCUGGAGAAUUGUCUGAUUUUGAACGUGGAUUGAUUGUCGGUCUACACUUGGGGGAAAAGCAUGCGUAUCAGGAGAUAGCUGCUAUAGUCAAACGUUCAAAAGGAGCUGUUCAAGGUGUAAUUGAACGAUAUAUGGAUGAAAGG